AUGAUUCAAGGAUUCGAUUGGGCUGUCUGGGUUACUGUGGGUAUCAAUGCUUUCGGUGGACUGGUGGUCGCUGUAGUUAUAAAGUACGCCGAUAAUAUUCUCAAGGCUUUCGCAACAUCUGUUGCCAUCGUUUUGAACUGUAUAGCAUCCUAUUUUUUGUUCGAUUUUCGGCCAACCAUGCUGUUUGUUUUUGGAGCUGCUGGUGUCAUUGCAGCGGUGUUCGCCUAUUCUAUUUAUCCAUACAAGGCUUCUCAUCAAGCACUUCCAACAGAAGCGCCAAAACCCGAAACAGAAAUGGUCGCCAUUUCAGAAACUGACAAAAAAUAA